AUGGCCUCUAAGACUUUCAGUGAGCUACAAGAAGAAGAGUGCACGUCGACAACAGUUGGUACGAUCAAAUGCACAGCGCCAAUUCCCUUCGGUGGUGAAGAGCAAUGGCUCUACUUUCCAGACAAUGGCAAAUUCGAUCUAUCGAGGGGAUCAGAGCGGAGGAUGACAGUCGAGUGCGACAAGGACCGCCACAACCACACUGGAUUCACGCUGGACCCCGAUAGUGCUGUCUUGAUUGUAGUGGACAUGCAGAACUAUUUUGUCCACCCACAGUACCGUGACCACUCCGCUGGGAUCAAGGCGGUCGAGCCUACCUUGAGGGUUAUCGAGAGGUGCAGGAAGGAAGGCAUUCAGAUCGCCUGGCUCAACUGGGGUCUUACCGAGCACGAUUUGAAGACUAUGGCUCCAGCCAUCCAGCGAGGAUUCCACAAGACUCUGGGUUGGCAUAUCGGACUCGGUUCUCAGCUUCCAGGUACCCAGGGCCGGUGCCUCUUCAAGCGAACAUGGAAUGCAGAGCUUUACGAGCCCUUCAAGGCAGUCGCUCAACCUGGCGACAUGUUCUUCGACAAAACACGUAUGAGCGGGCUGUGGUCUACCGCUGAGCCUCUGCACGAGUACCUUCGCGCUGUCGAUAAGAAGACGCUGAUCUUUACUGGCGUGAAUACAGAUCAGUGCGUCUUUGGAACGGUUUCUGACGCGUACUCCUACGGAUGGGACUGUGUGUUGCUGGACGAUUGCACAGGCACUAUGACUGGGCUAGGUGCACAGGCUGUUGCGGAGUACAACAUCGCACAGAACAUGGGUUUUGUUACAGGAAGCAAGGAGUUUUCCUCGUUCAAUUCGACUGUAUCCUUUCAAGAUUCCAGCAGACAGGAGCUGCAGACCACCAUGCGCGUACACAUCAUUGACGACUUCCUCCCAAGCCUGACCCUCUCCGUAUCCUGGGGGAAAGACGAGGCUUCGUGUGGCAACAUCAUCAAGCCCAAGCGCCUCCAAGACCAACCAUCCAUCGCUCUGCACGAAGACACCAGUCCCGGAACCUCAGACACACACCCAACCUAUGUCAUAACACUGACCGACCCCGAUGCGCCUUCGCGCAAGAACCCUAAAUGGAGCGAGAUGUGCCACUGGAUCGCAACCAAUGUCUCCGUCACGCCUCGGACCUUCUCCAUCCUGCCUCUUCCCCAACAUGGUCUCGUUGAGCAAGGUCUUACUAAGCAGAGCGCUUCAGAUGAUGUCGUCGAGUACAAGCCUCCCGGCCCGCCGCCAAAGACCGGCAAGCACCGCUAUGUGUUCCUUGUGUUUGCGCCGAGGAAUGGGACGACGAAGCCGCUGCACUUGUCGAAGCCAGAGGACCGUCAGCAUUGGGGUGGUGAGAAGGAGGGUGGUGUGAGAGAUUGGGCGGAGGCGAAUGAGUUGGUGCCUGUAGCGGCGAAUUUCGUGUAUGCGAAGAACAAGAAGCAGUAG